ACAAUUUCUCACUAUUUUUCUCAUCCUUCACUACUGAACACAUAAUACAACUUAAUUUGAAUUCUACUGAAAAAUGGGUUCAAGAGUAGCAAUACUCAUGCUUGGCCUCUUGGCCAUUGUUCUUAUCUCUUCAGAAGUGGCUGCUAGAGACGUACCUGAGGCUUCACCUAACAAGGAUGAAGCUGGUACAGAGGCAAAUGAAGUGGGUGAGGCCAAGUAUGGAUACGGUGGUGGUAACUAUGGCCACGGUGGUGGUUAUGGCCACGGUGGUGGUUAUGGCCACGGCGGUGGAGGAUACGGUCACGGCGGUGGAGGAUACGGUCACGGCGGUGGAGGAUACGGUCACGGUGGCGGAGGAUACGGUCACGGUGGCGGAGGAUACGGUCACGGUGGCGGAGGGCACGGCGGUCACGGUGGAGGAGGGCACGGAGGAGGAGGGAAUUAAUUAUUACAUAUUAUGCUUCAACAAUAUGUAAUAAAUAAUUAUUAUUAUAAUGGCAUUUCAGUGAAUAAAUGAAGCUCGUGGGAUGAGAGAGAGACAUAUACAUGUAGAGAAAGAGAGAUAUAGUAGAUAGGACUAAAGGCUAUUUUUGACUUUUUCCCUAAAUGCUAUGAUCGAUCUUUCUAAUGAUCUUAGCUUGCCAUAUUAAGAUGUCUUACUCUCUCCACAAGUGGAAUGUUGAAUGUAUAUGCAUCCUAUGUUUCUGUCAUAAUGAAAAUAGUAACCAAAGUUGUUCUCAACUAC